AUAAAUAAAGUAAAAAAGAAAGAUAAAGAAAGCUAUUUUCUGGUUUAUUUAUUAUUUAUAUAUCUCCCCCAUCUCUUUAGUGUCCAUAUUAAUGGCGGAAAUGACGGAUAGAUAGUUAUGGGAUAUAUUCUUAACUACUCAAUGCUUCUUCAGUGACCACAACCUGGAUACAAGUCUUCUCCAGAGAGAAAUAGAAAGCAAUAGAAAUCACCACUGAUCCUUGAAGUUUCUCUCCCUCCAUAGCCUAGCUAGUGCUUCUUCUUCCGUUAAACUAGGAAACUGGGAAGUUCUUUUCGAUCUGAAUUCUACCAUUUCGAGGAACAAACAGUGUUGAGUAUUUGAAAAUCAAAAUUUAGCGAUUUGGGAGGAUAAAGAAAGAAAAGCAAAAGCAAAAGCAAAAGCAAAAAAACAAAAAGAAGAUGUAUUUCUAGUGAAAUUUGUGCAGGUUCCCUCCUUCGUUUGUUGACCCGAUUUUGUUUAAAGUAUAAAGCUCAAAGAGAAAAUUUGCAGUAAAGCUUUAACUUUAACCGACACUUGCCUUGAAAUACGUGCUGCUGUAUAUUUUGGGGUUUUGGAGUAGGCUUAUCGAGUGAAAGACAGAAAAAAAAGAACCAGCUCAGUUAUUUUUCAUCAGCAUUCGUUCGAGAGAGAAGGGAUAGAAUGGAAACUUCUUCCAUUCUUGUCUCUGUGAUUUUCAUUUUUGUAUUAGUUGUAGUUAAUUCAGAUCCAGUUGAAGAUAAACAAGCUUUACUAGAUUUUCUAAGUAAAACCCCUCAUUCAAGAACCUUAAAUUGGGAGAAGAAUUCCAGUGUCUGCAACCACUGGACUGGAGUCAAUUGUAAUUCGGAUAAGUCAAGAAUCAUAUCCCUCAGAUUACCUGGGAUUGGAUUAAACGGUCAGAUUCCACCAAAUACACUCAGUAGACUUACUGCUCUUCAGAUCUUAAGUCUCAGAUCUAAUGGUCUUACUGGGUCUUUUCCUUCUGAUUUUAUCAACUUGAAAAACUUGUCUCUUCUUUACCUUCAGUUUAACAAGUUUUCUGGUUCAUUACCUAAUGAUUUUUCUAUUUGGAAGAAUCUUACUAUUAUUAAUCUUUCUCAUAAUAGUUUUGAUGGCAGCAUUCCUUUUUCACUAUCGAAUCUUACUCAUUUACAAGCUCUGAAUCUUGCUAAUAAUUCUCUCUCAGGUGAAAUUCCUGAUUUCAAUCUUCCAAAUCUUCAGCAACUACUCUUGGCUAAUAAUAGUUUGACUGGAGUUAUUCCAAAAUCUCUGCAGGCUUUUCCUAAGUAUUCAUUUUAUGGUAAUAAUGUGUCUUAUGGUAAUUCAUCCACACCCAUCGAUCCAUAUCAAUCACCCAUUAUACCAAUUCCUCCAAAGUCAACAAAUUCAAGACAGCUUAGUGAAACCGCAUUACUUGGAAUUAUAAUUGGCGGUUCUGUUCUGCUGAUUCUGAUAGUAUUUGGGUUUGUGCUGUUUGUUUGCUGUUUCAAAAGAGAUGAUGAAAGUGGUGGGUUUUCAGGGAAAUUGCACAAAGGGUUAAAAUCUCAAGGGAAAACUACGGCUCCAGGUAGUCAAGAUGGAAAUGUCAGACUUGUGUUCUUUGAAGGCUGUAACUAUGCGUUUGAUUUAGAGGAUUUGUUAACAGCUUCAGCUGAAGUUCUUGGGAAAGGCACAUUUGGUACUGCUUACAAGGCAGUGCUUGAGGACGCAACAACUGUUGUUGUGAAGAGACUGAAGGAAGUGGGUGUCGGAAAGCGAGAAUUUGAGCAGCAGUUGGAGGUUGUUGGGAGAAUUCGCCAUGAAAAUGUUGUUCAACUAAGAGCCUACUAUUAUUCCAAGGAUGAGAGGCUUAUGGUGUAUGAUUUUUACAGUCGAGGAAGUGUAUCUGCUCUCUUACAUGGAAAAAGAGGAGGAGAUAGAGUUCCUCUAGACUGGAAUACACGUCUUGGAAUUGCAAUUGGUGCAGCACGAGGGAUUGCUCAUAUCCACACACAGAAUUACGGGAAACUUGUUCAUGGAAACAUUAAAUCAUCCAACAUAUUCCUCAACUCUCAAAACUACGGUUUAGUAUCUGAUUUGGGUUUAACAACCCUAAUGAACCCAGUUCCCCCACCUAUAUCACGCGCCGCCGGAUACCGAGCUCCAGAGGUUGUAGACACACGAAAAGCAGCUCAGCCAUCAGAUGUUUACAGCUACGGAGUCUUACUACUUGAACUCCUUACCGGGAAAUCUCCCGUUCACACAACAGGUGGCGAUGAGGUAAUUCACUUAGUUCGCUGGGUACAAUCUGUAGUUCGCGAGGAAUGGACAGCUGAAGUUUUUGAUAUCGAACUAAUGAGGUACCCUAAUAUAGAGGAAGAAAUGGUGGAAAUGUUACAGAUAGCAAUGACUUGUGUUGCAAGAACGCCAGAGCAGAGGCCAAAAAUGUCGGAAGUUGUCAAAAUGGUGGAAGAUAUUCGAAGGGCUGAUACAGAUAUCAGAACUUCGUCAGAAACCAAAUCAGAGAGCUCGCCACCACGACCACCAGCUGGUGGAUACUAAAAUAAAACUCAAGUACUAGUUCAUCAUCAUCCUAUUGGUUGAGAUGGAAACCUCAUCCAUCUCACUGAGGCUAAACCCUGUUCAUUAUUAGUUUUUUAGUUUAGGCUUGCCUUGUGGUCUGGCAAUUUACACAUUCUUCACGCUCACGCCAGCUUGUUUCUGUAUCUUUUUUUACAUGGAUGAAAUUAGGAGAUUCUGGUGAUAAUUUAUUUUGUAUUUAGUUCUGAUUGCUCGUGUAUUCAGUCAGGAUAUGAAAAUUUUCAAUUGAGAUUUUAA